AUGGUUGCCGACGACCUAUAUGAGAAGUCGCUGCCUGUGCUGCAGGACGAGACGCUAGAUGAGGAGGACAAAACAGACAAGCUGGAGGAGCUGCUACGCAAGGAAACCAGCCUUUCGGGGAAGUCUCUGGAGAAUAUCGUCUUGGAUUGCCUCUGGCGCUAUCGCGACGCGGGCAGCUCUUCCAGCUCCCCUCCCCCGAGUCGCCAUACCAUCAUCCGCCGUCCUUCGCCAGCUCCGUGGCAGGCCAACCGCGCCCCGACCCCCGUGAACCAGUCGCCGCGCAUGAUACACCCCCCGCCCGGCUUUGGCAUUGCUCCUCCUGGCUUUUCACGUGCAAAGUCUUCGAAUGCUUCUCCGUUUACUUCCCCGCGACCCUCGCCGCGCCUUGCCUUUUCAAGUCCGCAUAUCCCGCAUAGCCCCAGUCUAAGUGCAUACCAGUUCAGCGAAGGCCCAACUCCCAAUUCUGAGCUAUAUGGUGACCUCGACAGCCAGUCAGUGGACUGGCUGGUAAACGAUGAGUCUGGGAGUGAGCCAUCCUUGCUCGGUGACGGCACGCUCAAUGGAGCCGCGGCAGAGUGGAUACAGCCUCAGACCAUGGAUAUGGGCCCGUAUGAUAUGCUACGCUCGAUCUUGAGAGAUGAUCGAUCGGAUGAGGAGAUAGAGAAGGUCCUCGAGGCUAAUGGCUUCGACCUCAGUGCUGCUUUGCUUGCGUUGAUGGGCCAACAGUUGGAUCCGCAACAACUCCCCCCGGCGACCCAAGAGCAGAGUGGCUACAUUAUUGGAAAAUCAAUGAGCCCCGCGUUUAGGCCUAGCACACCCAGCCAGCACAAAAGCAACAUCGUGUGCAAGUACUUCCUAUCAACGGGACACUGCGCGAGAGCAGACUGCAGAUUUAGCCAUGAUACUAGCAAGACACUCUGCAAAUACUUCUUGAACGGAAACUGCCUGGCUGGUGACACUUGCUUGUUCUCUCAUGACCCUUCAGCGCUCAUGGCUCGUAUGGCCAUCUCAGACGUCUCCACACCCCCUUUACAAGCUGCUAUACCCAACUUCCACAUGUCCGACUAUGAUGUGUUUCCCAACCUCCACUCAAGCGGCUCUCCGUUCGGGACACCUUCAAUAUCAACAUCAGAAGCUACCUCUUUGGAACAGCUCUAUGGUUUGACUGGUGGCCCAACACGUCCUCCGCCUGGCCUGAGCCCUUACGCGAACUUCACACCCGGGGCCGGUAGCCGUCCGCAAUCAAGGACUAGCAGUCGCCAGCACUCUCGUGCCCCUACCCCGUCUGUGCCCGCGGUCGACGACAACGAGGCCUUUCCUAGUUUGGGCAGUGCAGCUGCUGCGAAGAUGGGGAAGCGACAUCACGGUAAGCGAGGUGGUCAUGGGCCCCAAAAAGAUCUUUCUGGGCCGAACAACCUUGCAGACGUCGUACGCAUGUCACCCUCCCCUGCUCCUGCAACUCCAGCCCGCAAAGCUCUACGAACCACUAAGAGUUUCAAUGGCUCUCGUGAGAAUAGUGCAGCUGCUCAGGCGAUCCCUGCUCCUCAGCAUAUUCCGUGGUUAGAGACGGGCGAGAAGGGCAACCAGGAAUAUCUCAAAGCUCGCGCCGAAGCUUUCAAGCAUGGCAGCCUGCGGAACAAAUUUCUGCAAAGUGCUGCCCAAGCUUGGAAUCGCAGUGACUCGCGCGCGGCUAAAGCUCUUAGUCUUAGGGGGCAGAGCGAGAAUAACCUCAUGCGCGAAGCACAUCGGGAAGCCGCACGUAUUCUUUACGAAGAGCGGAACAAGGAUGUCGACGAUGCGAAGGAGCUGUAUGUGGAUCUUCACGGACUACAUCCAGACGAAUCCGUAUCCUACCUUGAAGGCAUUCUCCUAAAGCACAGCUCCCACUCCCGCCCCGUCUAUGCCAUCACAGGAACUGGUCAUCAUUCCAAGAACGGCAAAGAUAAAGUCGGCAAGGCUAUCCGUGGCUUUCUCAACGAGUGGCGGUAUGCGUUCCGCGAAUUUUCCGUUCCAGGGGACCGCAACAAUGUCGGUGGCAUCCUUGGCAUUGACCCAAGUAGCUACGAUAAAAGUAUUGCAGAGCGGCCGAAGGAGGCCGAAGCCGAAGCCGAAGUAGAUAGCGCGAAGAAGGAUACGAAAAUAAGGAUCAUGAAGAGAGAUGAGGUUUUGGAGAUGCCCAGAGGGCCUAAGAGAGAUGCUUGA